AUGGAGAAAUUAUUUAGGAAUCCAGAGUUGAAUGUUUGUGUGAGAACUGUGAGGUGGGGUGAGGAGGUACUGUUCUAUGCAAAAGAUGUGGCGGAAUCCCUGGGGUACAUAGACACCAAAAAAGCUGUCAGAACCCACGUCUGGGAGGAAGAUAAGUGUACACUGGGUAGUUUGAAAAGGGGUGACUUGAGGACACCCUUACCAGAUGGACACCCGAGCACAGUUAUGAUUACCGAGCAGGGUUUGUAUCAGCUAAUAUUUGGAUCAGAGCUGAACACCGCAAAGGAAUUCAGAAGGUGGAUAUUCAGUGAGGUACUACCAUCUAUCCGUAAAACAGGCUCAUAUGAAUUACCAAAAUCUGAGCCACUUUACUGUAAUCAUAUGAGGUUAAUUAACGAAACGGACCUUCAUUAUGCUGUUGUAGAAUAUCUUAAAAAGUACCACCCAAAAGCUCUAAUUCUACCGGGACUAGGAGAGUACCAGGAUACGUCGCAAAAGAGAUGUGACGCCUGGAAAAAGGGAUAUACGAGUGGACAACCCGAUCUCACAAUAGUAACUCCAAGUAAUGGUUUUAAUGGAUUCGCAAUAGAACUUAAGACCCCAAAGGGUACAGGUGAAGUCAGAGACAACCAGGUAGCAUGGAUAAGGGGUUAG